UAUAUCUUUUUUGUUUAUGAGUCAAUCAACCAAAUAUAACCUUCAAAGUUUGAAUGCAGUUGUUUAGAAAACAAAUUGCCAUAACGAAAUAUAAAAUAAAAAAGGAGCAAAUGUUCAUUUAGAAAAAUAAUAAAAUACCGAAAUUAAUCUAUGUGUCCAUUAGAUUCAUUCAUAAUAAAGGAAAAUUAUUUUAAAAAUGAGUGAAGUGGUAACCAAUAUUUUGAACGAUAUACUUCGUGUGGACAACAUAGAAGAAGCUUUUAGCUGUUUCCUUGUUCAUCGUCAACUAUCUGAGAAAGACAAGGUCUCUUCGUGGUACCUAGAAUUGGCCAAUGCUCUGCGGGGAAUAUCUCCAGAACAAGCAGAAAGUGCUGUUAGAUUGUACCUUUCCAUAACACACAAUGUCAUUAACACUCAUUUACAAUUAUUAAUGCAAUUAUUGGAGAAACUUGUACUGGAAAACAUUCUGCCUGCGCGAUUAGUGUGUGAAGUUUUGAUUACAAAUGAUAAACUUACAAGUCAGAAUCGCGAUUUCUGGAUUGAGUCGUUUAAAGUUCUUCGGAAUGUUAUUGAUGGUGUCGAGUAUAAAGGUGUCCGAGAAAUAUUGAAGGGCUGUUGUGAGAAGGCCAAGAUCCUCCCACGUCAUUUACAUCCAGGCCUUCUUCCUCAAAUGCAAACAUUAAUUCGCCUGGUGGAACAUAUAAUGGACAGAAAUGCCUGCCUUUUGCCCAGUUACCUUUUAGUAAAUGAACUGCAGAAGGCCUAUCCAGACAAUUAUCCUCACUGGUGUCUCUCCUCUCUCUUUUCUGAUUAUGUUGAAAGUUUCAGAGAUUGUGCUCAGAUGGUGUCAAUUAUAGGUCAUACUGAAAUGAGACCAGUAGUGGAACAUAGCGGUUGCCCUGAGCAUUUAGUAAAUCCUUGGAAACUAGAUCCCACUACACUAAGAUUUACAUUAAAGGGAAUUCUCCCAUACGCUCCAGAACUGCUGGAGAAACAAACAGGCCUGCUCAGAUACGUUGUAGAGCAACCAUACAGUAGAGAUAUGGUCUGUGGAAUGUUGGGACUCCAGAAACAACACAAGCAACAUUGCACUGCUUUAGAAGAACAAUUGGUGGAACUCAUCGUCUUAGCAAUGGAACGAAGCGAAGUCGAAGGUGACGAGGAAGCAACGAAAGGACUAUGGUUACAUUUAUCAUCUCAAUUAAUUUAUUUUAUCUUGUUUCAAAUUUCAAGUUUCUCUAAUAUCAUUCUAGCGUUACAUUCGAAACUUCAAGGACGGGACCUACGGCGCGGUAGAGAUCAAUUAAUGUGGGUCCUGUUACAAUUUAUUUCUGGAUCUAUACAGAAAAAUCCUCUGUCCACUUUUCUACCUGCUUUAAAACUGUAUGAACUUCUGUUUCCUGAACAUGAACCCCCUUUACCAGUUCCAGACUAUACCCAACCUCAUUGCACCAGACAAAUGGCAAUGACAUGCAUCUGGAUUCAUUUUGUUAAAAAGGCGCAACAAGAACAAAACAUUACAAGUACAGCCUGGACAAUUCCAAACAAGUUACGUUUACAUCACGAGUUCCUUCAACAUCUCGUACACCCCAAUAAUGCGACCCCCUUAUCGAUGGUCAACGAUUAUAGGAUAGCGCUACUGUGUAACGCAUAUUCCACUAAUCAGGAUUAUUUUAGUAAACCUAUGGCUGCUUUGAUUGACACAAUUGAGGGCAGCCCUAAAAGUUCCACCCCACCAACUGUACCCCUCAGUAUGGCAUUCCUAGACUCUUUAACGGUUCAUUCAAAAAUGAGUCUUAUUCACAGCAUCGUUUCACAUGUAAUAAAAUCGGCACAGACCAAAUCAGGAUUGCCUCUGGCUCCGGCUCUCGUUGAAACUUACGCCAGGCUACUGGUCUAUACCGAAAUCGAAUCUUUAGGUAUCAAAGGUUUUAUAAGUCAACUUCUUCCAACAGUGUACAAGUCUCACGCGUGGGCUAUUCUCUAUACUCUUUUGGAAAUGUUUAGCUAUCGUAUGCAUCACAUCCAUCCCCAUUAUAGGGUUCAAUUACUCAGUCAUUUACAUUCGCUUGCGGCUGUUCCUCAAGCAAAUCAAACACAGUUACAUCUUUGCGUUGAAUCGACUGCUUUAAGAUUAAUUACGGGUUUAGGCAGUGGAGAAGUGCAACCGGAACUGUCUCGUUUCCUUCAGGAACCGAAAACGUUGGUCUCUGCUGAAUCUGAAGAAUUGAAUAGAGCUUUGGUGUUGACUCUUGCGAGGGCCGCUCACGUUACUGGAGCGGAUGGUAGUUGGUGUCACGAAUUGCUCGGUACAAUAGCACAAAGUACUCCGCAUGCUUGGGCGCCCCACACACUCGAAUGCUUUCCCAAAGCCUUGGCGGACUUCUUUACACAACACGUGGUUCCAAGAGAAAAUAAACAACAACUUAAAAAGGCCGUGGAGGAGGAGUAUCGCAAGUGGGCCUCCAUGAACAACGAAAACGAUAUCAUGGCCCAUUUCGGAGUUGCUGGAGCGCCCCCAUUAUUCCUAUGUCUUCUCUGGAAAAUGCUCCUCGAAACUGAUCAUAUAAGUCCUAUUGCUUAUAAAAUUUUAGAGAGAAUUGGGGCCAGAGCUUUAUCAGCUCACUUACGCAAAUUCUGCGACUGCUUAGUCUUUGAAUUCAGUAAUUCGCCGGGGGGUCAGCAUGUAAACAAAUGUGUUGAUACGAUAAAUGACAUAAUAUGGAAAUAUAAUAUUGUUUCAAUAGAUCGUCUUGUUUUGUGUCUCGCCCUGAGGACUCAAGAGGGCAGCGAAGCUCAAGUUUGCUCCUUUAUAAUCCAGUUGGUAUUAUUGAAGGCCACACAAUUCCGGAAUAGAGUCCAGGAAUUUGUGAAAGAUAAUUCUCCGGAUCACUGGAAUCAAACGAAUUGGCAUGAAAAGCAUUUGGAAUUUCAUUUAAAAUAUCCAGAAAAAUUUUCCCCUGAAGAAGGACAAGGCAGCGGUUAUCACCCUUAUUUCGGAAAUGUUUGCUUGAGAUUUCUGCCUGUAUUUGAUAUAGUUCUUCACAGAUUUUUGGAAAUUCCUCAGGUAACUAAAAGUUUAGAAACCCUCCUGGAACAUCUAGGUUGUCUCUACAAAUUCCAUGACAGGCCGGUUACAUAUUUGUACAAUACCCUGCAUUACUACGAGAGUCGUUUGCGGGAUAGGCCCCCGUUGAAGCGCCGUCUGGUCGCUGCAGUCUUGGGAAAUCUUAAAAGUGCUCUUUCCGAACCGUAUCAGAUGUAUUUAACUCGUUCGCCGGAAGAAGUGUGGCUUCCAGAGCUUGAUUAUUACGUGCAAUUAGUUAAACGAGUAGUCGAAACAAUAAUGGAAACCGGUUCAGGGAAUACUCUCACAGACUGGCGCUUUAACGAAUUCCCAAACGCAGCAGCAUAUGCACUUUAUACUACUUGCGUUGAACUGAUGGCCUUAUCAGCUGGUCCUACAAUGGUUGCCACCUCUUUGCUUGACGUGGUUUUGAGGGGUUCUAUGGUUAUACCUCCCAACGACAUACACAAGUGGAUUAAUGCAAUAGGAUUGAUUUUGGCAGCACUCCCGGUUAGUUAUUGGAGUGUUUUGUUGGAUAAAUUGCUCGAAAUUUUAGGCGAAAUUGAAAAAUGGCCCUUUCAAUGUUCUCCUUUUAAACUAUUCAACUUUGAAGAGACACACAUGGGCUUGUUACACAACCGAUUUAGUUACAUGUUAGCUUUGGCCCAUUCAGUGUGGCAUCAUGCUGGACCUGGCCAAAUGGCAAGCGUUCCUCGUUGGGUUCGUGAACGACUUCCCGGUGUCGUUCGUACAGAAGCUCAGUUCAUUUUUGUUUGUCACUUGGUGGGGCCUUUCUUGCAGCGUUUUAAUACGGCAACUGGCGAACUUACAGGAGGUCUUUAUGAACUAUUGGCCCAAGUGGACAUGUGUCAAACCAAUAUGGAAUAUAUGGAUUCCAUAUGCGAUCUUCUGUAUCACAUAAAGUAUAUGUUUGUUGGAGAUAGCAUGAAGAAAGAUUUGGAUCCGGUAGUGCGACGAUUAAGACCGGCAUUGCAAAUGCGUUUAAGGUUUAUUGCCCAUAUAAAUAAAUAACAAGUUAUUGAUUCCUAAAUGGGAAUGAUAAAUAAUAAUAAACUCACAAUUUCGUUUUUUAUGAAACAAGCCCAACGUUCGAUCGUGUAAUACCAUGUGUUUAUUAUAAAUA